AUGAACGUGUUGAAGUUACAAAAGAAGUAUCCUGGCUUGGAUCAGUCGGACAUCUUCAGCAUCAUUGAGGAUUUCAGAAACAUCGACUUGGACGAAAAGGGGUGGGUCGAGAAGAAAGAUGUCAUCAAUUCGGUUUCGCUGAAGGGCGAGUUCACCUACGACCAAGCCAGAGAAACCUUGAAGCAGGUUGAUGUGGAUGCUUCGGGCCAUGUGGAAUUGGACGAUUAUGUGCAAUUGAUGGCCAAAUUGAAAGGCGCCGAUGGCGCAGCUCCAGCACCUGCUCCCAAGCCGUUUGGAAAAACUGCUGGAGCUUCGGGUGAUGCGCCUGUUAACCGGAACAGAGUGGUUUCGGGUACAGCACCAAUUGCUACCGCAAACACAUCCCACAAGACGUACAUAGGGGGCAAAACCGACGGUACCACCCACACCAUCAACGAUGAAGAGCGGACUGAGUUCACGCGUCACAUCAAUUCCGUUCUUGCCGGUGAUCCGCACAUUGGAGACAGGUUACCUUUUGACACAGAAACAUUCCAGAUCUUCGAUGAGUGUCGUGAUGGUUUGGUCUUAUCCAAGUUGAUCAAUGACUCUGUUCCCGACACCAUCGAUACACGUGUGUUGAACGUUCCUUCGGUCAAGAAAAAGACACUCAAUAACUUUCAAAUGUCGGAAAAUGCCAACAUUGUCAUCAACUCGGCCAAGGCCAUUGGCUGUGUGGUGGUCAACGUCCACUCUGAAGACAUUAUUGACGGUAAAGAACACUUGAUUUUGGGUUUGAUCUGGCAAAUCAUUCGCCGUGGUUUGUUGUCGAAAGUGGACAUCAAACUUCACCCUGAAUUGUACCGCUUGUUGGAAGACGAUGAAACACUUGAGCAAUUCUUGAGAUUGCCACCUGAAAAGAUCUUGUUGCGCUGGUUCAACUACCACUUAAAGAACGCUGGCUGGGAAAGAAGAGUAUCUAACUUCUCCAGCGACAUCAGUGACGGAGAAAACUACACCGUUUUGUUGAACCAGUUGCAACCAGCCCACUGUGACUUGUCGCCUUUGCAGACACGGGACUUGUUGCAACGUGCGGAGCAGGUAUUGGAAAAUGCCGACAAGAUUGGCGUGCGUAAAUACUUGACUCCUACCGCUUUAGUGGCAGGAAACCCCAAGUUGAACCUUGCGUUCGUCGCUCACUUGUUCAACACUUACCCUGGGUUGGAUCCAAUUGAGGAGAACGAGAAGCCAGAGAUUGAGGAGUUUGACGCGGAGGGAGAGAGAGAAGCCAGAGUUUUCACCUUGUGGUUGAACUCCUUGGACGUGGACCCACCGAUUGUUUCCUUGUUUGAAGACUUGAAGGACGGUUUGGUUCUUUUACAAGCAUACGACAAGGUUUUGCCCGGCAGUGUUUCGUGGAAGCAUGUCAACAAGAAGCCAGCCAACGGUAACGAGCUCUCGCGUUUCAAGGCGUUGGAAAACACAAACUACGGUGUCGAAAUUGGAAAAGCCAACCAGUUUUCCUUGGUUGGUAUCGAUGGCUCGGACAUUGUCGACGGUAACAAAUUGUUGACAUUGGGCCUUGUGUGGCAAUUGAUGAGAAGAAACAUCGUCAACACAUUGUCGAGCUUAGGAAACGGUAAACAUCUCUCGGACAGCGACAUCUUGAAGUGGGCCAAUGCGCAGGUGGCCAAGGGCGGCCGCAGCAGCCCAAUCAGAUCGUUCAAGGACUCUUCUUUGUCGAGCGGUGUGUACUUGUUGGACGUUUUGAACGGCAUCAAGCCUGGCUACGUGGACUACGACUUGGUUUACCAGGGCAACAUCGGCGAAGAAGAGAAGUACGCCAAUGCCAGGUUGGCCAUUUCCAUUGCCAGAAAGCUUGGUGCUUUGAUCUGGUUGGUUCCAGAGGAUAUCAACGAGGUGAGAAGCCGGUUGAUUUUGUCUUUCGUGGGCAGUUUGAUGAGUGUGGCGCAGUGA